AUGGCAUCUACAGCGACCGAGCGCGAGCCGUUACUGCGCCGAGUUCCUUCUGCUCUUGCUCCACCGCCUAUGCUUGUGCAGCCAGGGAUAGAGAAGCUUGAUACUCCCGUAACAAUGGCAGAAGACACGGUCUUCCCUGUUCCAACCUUUACCACUGCCCGUCUCAAUGCGCGGCAACGACGACUACCACAAUGUAUAGCGCACCGAGGCUACAAAGCAAAGUUCCCGGAGAACACUCUCGCAUCGUUCAAAGGCGCAGUAAAAGCAGGCGCGCAUGCCUUAGAGACUGAUGUACAUAUCUCGAAAGACGAGGUGGUAGUAUUGAGUCAUGACCCGACGCUCAAGCGAUGUUAUGGAAGGCAGGACAAGAUUAUUGAUCUGACGUGGGACGAGUUGAAGGAUGUGAGGACUGUUGCGGAACCACAUGAGCCUAUGCCGAGAUUGAAAGACAUGCUGGAGUAUCUGGCGCAACCUGGUAUGGAAGAGGUCUGGCUGCUACUCGACAUCAAGCUCAGUAAUGACGCUGAUGCGAUCAUGCGACUUAUGGCCUCGACAAUUGCGUCCGUGCCGGCCCCGGCGACCAAGAAGUGGAAUGAGAGGAUAGUACUAGGUAUCUGGGCUGCAAAGUACUUGCCUCUGGCGCAGAAGUAUUUCGAAGGUUUCCCUGUCAUGCAUAUUGGCUUCUCGACUAGCUAUGCGAGUCACUUCUUCACGAUACCUAAUGUCGGCUUCAACAUGCUUUUUCCUACUUUAGUUGCACCCGGAGGUAGGCGUUUCCUGCGGGAGGCGAGGGAGAAGUAUCAUCGCAAGGUGAUUGCCUGGACAGUGAACACGGAGGAGAGAAUGGAGUGGUGCAUCCGGCGGGAGCUGGACGGCGUCAUCACGGAUGACCCCGCCGUGUUCCUCGAAGUCUGCAAACGACAUGAUGAAAGCAAGAGGGAAAGUAUGAUGAGGGUGAAGGACUACCUAGAUAUCUACAGGCUAUGGAUUUGGAUCACACUGGCGCUACUCUUCUUCAGGAAGCGAUUUCAGCCAGUGGCGAGCCAAACAUUGAUAGAGAAGAAGCCACAGGCCAAGCUAUAG